AAAUCUCACGCUCUGCACGCCACCCCUUCCAAACACUUCACACUCUCUAUGGCUCUGCAUCGAUCUGUUUGCCUCCUGAACUCAGCGCUGCUGCCGCUGUUGCUGUUACUAGCUGAAGGUACUGGGGGCGCUCGAGCUUUAAGGCUUAGCCGGUGGGAUCAGAAGAUAUGGAUGCCAACUGACAAGGUUGAAGCGGAAGAGGAUGGUGAAGAAAGGGGCACGAAGUGGGCGGUUCUCGUGGCCGGUUCAUAUGGGUACGGAAAUUACAGGCACCAGGCUGAUGUGUGCCAUGCUUAUCAGUUGCUGAAAAGAGGAGGGCUGAAGGAUGAGAACAUAGUGGUGUUUAUGUACGAUGAUAUCGCCACUCAUGAUUUCAAUCCCAGGCCCGGCGUAAUAAUCAAUCAUCCGCAAGGUGAUGAUGUGUAUGCUGGUGUACCUAAGGAUUACACUGGCGAGGAUGUUACUGCACAGAAUUUAUUUGCAGUACUCCUUGGCGACAAGAGCUUAUUGAAAGGUGGAAGUGGAAAGGUUGUAGAGAGCAAACCCAACGACAGAAUCUUUCUAUACUACUCGGAUCAUGGAGGCCAGGGAGUGCUGGGGAUGCCAAAUAUGCCUUUUCUCUAUGCAAAGGAUUUUAUCGACGUUUUAAAGAUGAAGCAUGCCUCUGGAAGCUACAAAGAAAUGGUUCUAUAUGUAGAAGCAUGUGAAAGUGGGAGUAUUUUUGAAGGUCUGAUGCCUGAUGAUUUAAACAUUUAUGUCACAACUGCAUCCGGCCCGGAUGAGGAGAGCUGGGGCACCUAUUGUCCUGGUAUGGAACCCGCACCACCUCCGGAGUACAUAACUUGCUUAGGAGAUUUGUUCAGUGUUGCCUGGUUGGAAGACAGUGAGACACACAACCUAAAGAAACAAACAAUAGAGGACCAAUACCAGAGGGUUAAGGUUCGGACUUCCAAUCACAACACCUAUAGCGUUGGAUCACAUGUUAUGGUAUAUGGCAAUGAAAGCAUCAAGACAGAGCUGCUCUAUCUGUACCAAGGUUUUGAUCCGGCCACUGACAAACUCCCUCAAAACAAAUUCGACCUUGAUAUCCGCAUGGAUGUAAUUAACCAGAGAGACGCCGAUCUUCUCUUCUUGUGGCAAAGGUACAAAAGAUCAAAAGCUGAUUCGGAAAAGAAAGAAAUUCUCAAGCAGCUUACGCAGACAAUGCAGCAUAGAGUUCACUUAGACCAGAGUAUUGAACUGAUUGGGAUGCUUCUACUUGGACCAGAAAACGGUCCUCCUCUUCUCAAUGCCGUAAGACCACGCGGUUUGCCGGUUGUUGAUGACUGGGAAUGCUUGAAAUCGAUGGUGGUGGUGUUUGAGACUCGCUGCGGAUCACUGACUCAAUAUGGCAUGAAACAUAUGAGGGCUUUCGCCAAUAUAUGCAAUAAUGGAAUCUCGCUAACUGCCAUGGAGGAAGCUUGUAGAACUGCCUGCAGCAGCCAUACCAUUCUGGACCAAUGGAGCCCUACAAUCAGAGGUUAUAGUGCUUGAUAUUGUAGCAAAAAUGACCGACUUUAAGAUGUGGUGUUCAUGUACUCAACAGCAGUUUAAUGUUAUCAGCUUAUAAAGCUCAAUUUGGACCGA